CUACUACAUCCGGGACAUAGAACAGUAGCCCGGGAGGCAGCUGAAUGAGAGGCGCUGUACAUCCGGGUCACGGGCGCAGAGGACGAAGAUGCUACGGGUGGCAGUCUGCUGGGGGCGAACACCGGCGCUAGGGGCGCUGUGCAGGACGGCGGGUGUGGGGGUCGGGAAUACACGGCUCGGUCUCCCUAUCCUCUCCCUCAGAGCACCGUGCAGUGCUCCGCCGGGGAGACAGGUUUCUGUACCAGAUGUGAAGUUUGUUCGUUUCAUCAGCACAUCCUCCACUCCCCAAAACCAUGAGCAGGACAGACUAAUUUAUAUUGGAAAUCUGGGAACAGCGGUGCUUGGUGUCAAGUUCUUCUCCUACUCGACCAGCAUGAUCAGCUUGCUCAUCCUACCGAUGAUUUUUGCAGAGUCUGGCAUUGGUAUAAACAGUCUUCCGUUGAAAAUUGCUUUCCUUGGCAUGGUUGGAUUCUUCACCUUUAUUACCCCUGUUACUUUGCAUUUUGUAACAAAGGGAUAUGUUGUUCGCUUAUAUCACAACAAGGAGAAAGACCUUUAUACUGCAAUCACUUACAAUGCCUUACUUAGAGAGAAAAGGACUGAGUUUUCUCCAGGGGAUGUUGAAAUACCCGGAAUGAGCAAGAUGUUCACAACUUUUUAUGCUAAAAAGAAGUCAAUGCUGAUAAAUCCAAUGUUAUUUCCUAAUCCCAGUGAUUAUCAACAUCUUAUGGGCUAUGAUAAACCCUUCACGUUUAAUUCAGAAGAUCUAGAUCCUGCCUCUAAGGAAAAAUAAAUCAUGUUUGUAAAA